UCUGGGGAGAGAGAGGAGGAGAGACCCCAUGGUUUCCUUUGCGGGAUUUAUUUUGUCAGCUCCCAACCUUGUGCUGUUUAAGCUUUUUUAGUGAGCGAAGGCCUGCAACUUGUCCGGACGGUUCCUCCUCACUCGCAAGGUGGGAGAGUUUGCAGACCCGGGUCAAGAAGGGCAGACGUCUGAAGAGGAAAGAUGUGGUCCCGUGGGCUCAGCGCGCUGUGGCUGGAUCAAGUCACCCAGAAGACUUUGGCUUUAACUUGAAAUUCUCCUCUCUGUGGUGGAAUUUGGGCGUCCUUUUCAUAACUUGUUGAAUAGACCCUUUUACAAGUCUGUCAUUGGAUUUUAUGGCCCUUCUUUGGGGAUUUACUCAGUUUGGAAUGUAACUUGCUGUUACUCAAUGCAGUUUCGGAAUUCUUCUAAAAUCCUGGAUAUUACAUGGUUGCCUUGGAUCCAAUACUUUGGUAGUAUUCACCUGGAUAUUCCCCUGUUCCAGCACUAGAGGAGGUCAGGUCUUACCACUUCCAUUACCUGUGAGCCCAGUGGAUUUAACCAGGAUGUAUUCUGUGAAGAACAUGGAAGGCCCUCGAUCCAGCGGACUACGCAAAAAGAGGAAGUCGAGGUCAGAGCGCGAUCGGGAGACCAGGAGACCAAACGGGAUCAGGAACAACAACCACGUGAAGGGCCCGCCGUUCCGCUUCUCUUCUGAUUCGGAGAGAGAGGGGAGCAGGGAGCCCUCGUCCUCCCGCCCCAGACCCCCGCGAAGGAAGAGGAAGGAGUCCACGUCCGCCGAGGAAGACAUCAUCGACGGGUUUUCCAUCACAGGAUUUGUAACACUGGAAGCGCUGGAGAAGAACAUGACGUCCCAGGACUACAGAGGGAACAAAGGCGGACCGCUCCACAAGAAGAAGCCCGGCAGAGUCCCCAACGGUCUGAGGAUCAACAGCCAGAACAACCACCAACACGUGCCAUCGGACCAGGAGAACAACCCGCGGCUCGCCUCCACGCAGGGCAAGAGGAAGAAGAAGCAUCUCAACAAGAAGCGCUCCAUGCUGAAGAACGGGCAGAACAACUGUAAAGGCAGCGACAGCGAGAGUGCAGAGUCCAAGCCUUCGAUCAGGAGCAGCUCCAGGGACAGGCUAACAGACGGUGACACAGAAAGUGAUCAAGAUGACAAGGGUUCCGAUGCAGGCUCGGAGAAGUUUUUCAGCACAGCAACAGCUAAAGUUCCUGAUCUUGGCGUCCAUGUGCUUUCUUCCAAUGGCUGCCAGGAGCCAGUCACCCUGGGUGUCCUUAAGGUGUCAGGUCUAGAGCGCAGUCAGGAGAGGAGUCAGGAGUCUGCGGCUCCCUGCUCUCCUCGGCAUCCUCCGCCCCCUCAGCCCCUGUCCACUGUGCAGCCACUGUCCCCCCACCACAGGACCACCAGCCCCGCCCACGCCCGGGCCUCCACCCUCCCCCCACGAACAGAGGCGCCCUCCAGGCCUCGGACGCCCGCCGCCCUGCCUCUCGCCGCGGGCCGAGAGCCCUCACCUCCUCCCCCUCCCCGAGCCCAGCACCUGCCUGAAACGCUGUCCCACCCUCGACCUCCGCCUACGCCCAGUGUGCACCCACAGACCCCGUCUCCGGCUCUCCCUACGCACCAUCCACAUCUGCAGCACCCUCAGCGACCCCCAUCACGCUGCCACGCCCGCCCUGUGUCUGCAUACAACGGCAUCAGCCUCAACGGGCACAGCAGCAGCAGGAGCAGCACUCCAGGCUCCAAGCCCCACGGGCCUCCCACACCCUCCCUCCACCUCCCCCACCACCCCUCUUCAUCAGUGGGACCCUUCCCUCUGUCCUUAUCAGCCAACCACAGCGCCCCCCACGGUUUCCCCCCCUCAUUACAGCCCUCGCCACAUCCGCAUCACCCCAAUAUGUUCGCUCCUCCCGCCGCUUUGCCUCCUCCACCUCCACUCACGUCUAGCACUCUGCCAGUACCUGCGCAUCCUGCUGCUGGGAGUGCUUAUUCAGAACAAGACCUCUUGCGUCAGGAGUUGAACACACGUUUCCUGGCCUCUCAGAGUGCAGACCGCGGCGCCUCCUUGGGGCCGCCUCCGUACCUGCGCACAGAGUUCCACCAGCAUCAGCACCAGCACCAGCACCAGCACCAGCACACCCAUCAGCACACGCACCAGCACACCUUCACGCCCUUCCCCCACGGCAUCAUGCCCACGCCUGCACCGCCCAUGGUGCGUACCCCCGCCCCAAAUUUUGAAAAAUACCCAACGAAAGUCGACCCCUUCUACAGACACAGUCUCUUCCACUCGUACCCGCCGGCCAUGUCUGGUCUGCCGCCCGUCAUUCCACCGACCGGGCCGUUCGGUUCACUACAGGGUGCCUUUCAACCUAAAACCUCCAAUCCACUGGAUGUUUCCACCAGACCAGGAGCUGUCCCACACACGUUCCUACAGAAGGACCCCAGGUUAACAGAUCCUUUUCGGCCCAUUCUCAGGAAACCAGGGAAGUGGUGUGCGAUGCAUGUGCAUACAGCCUGGCAGAUCUACCACCACCAACAGAAAGUUAAGCAGCAGAUGCAGGUUGACCCUCACAAGUUAGACUUUGGGCUCAAGCCGGACUUCCUGAGUCGACCCCCAGGCCCCAGUCUGUUUGGGGCCAUUCAUCAUCCCAGUGACUUGGCCCGGCCUGCUACGCUCUUCUCUGCAGCGGGUCCAACUCACCCGUCCGCUGGUCCCUUUGGCCAUCCACCCCACCAUCCUGGGAACUUCCUCACCCCAGCCCCUCACUUAGAGCCUUUUAGCCGACCUGCUUCCUUUGGAGGACUUGGCGCUCUCAGUUCCACAGCCUUCGGAGGACUAGGAAAUCCAGCACUAACGGCCAACUCUGUGUUUGGCCAUAAAGAUGGCCCUAACUCACAGACGCACUUCAGCAGCGGCAGUGGCAGUGGCCCCCAGGAGCCGUGGAACCGGCUGCACCGCACUCCCCCCUCCUUCCCCACCCCUCCCCCUUGGCUCAAACCUGGGGAGUCCGAGAGGAGUGCCUCGGUCAGCUCUCAUGACCGGGACAGGGACACUGAUAAAAGAGAGUCUGGCAGCAAAGAGGACAAGGACAGGGACCCUGUAGAAAAGCGUCACUCAAGCCACCCCUCGCCUGUGUCUGUGACUCCACUCCCCUCUCUGGGCCACAGCCGACCCCCGGAGCACCCCAGGAACCCGCCCCUCCCCUCCUCCGGAGACCCCCACAGAGACAAGGACAAGGCCAAAGACAGAGAGCACUCAGACUCAUGGAAAGAGCUGAGCCCAGAGGAGCACAAGCUCAAAGACAGCCAGCACAGUGACAAGGACAGUGUGAUCCACGACAGCAGGACGUCUGAGGACAAAGCCUCCAGCCGGGGCUCCACGUCCCCGUACAUCAGACAGAACAGUCUGGACAGGCCCAACGGUCUGCCACGGGACGUCCUGGACAAAAAGGACACGCCUUAUGAGCUCCAAAAGAAGAGCAGUGAGGUCAAAGUGAAAGAGGAGAGGAAAGAGGAGCAGGACGGAGCCACAGAGAGGGCCCCCUCUACACCGAGUCUCCACCCCCCAUCCUCCAUGCCCCUGCCCAUGGCUAUGCCCGGGGUGCACCCCAUCAACAGCAUCAGCAGUCUGGACAGAACUCGAGUAGUGGCUCCUUUUAUGGGCAUCAGUCCCAUCCCAGGAGCGGAGCGUUUCCCUUAUCCCGCCUUCCACUGGGAUCCUAUGAGGGACCCCUACAGGGGCCUGGACCUUCACAGACGGGAUCCUCUGGCCAGAGAGCUCCUGCUCAGGAAUGAGCCUCUGAGCCGACUGGCCCCUCCACGGCUGUACGAGGCCGAGCGCUCGUACCGUGACAGAGAACCACACGACUUUAACAGGGACCACCAUCCUCUGGGGCUGGAGCACCGCAGGGAUGUGGACCGGGUCCCACUGGAUGAGCGGGAGCGGCUCAACAUGCUGAGAGAGGAGUAUGAACAUGGACGUCUGCCCCCUUCCAUGCACCACCCUGCCCUUGACCCUCACCUCCCCCACCCCGCCCCUGGCCUCAUCGCCCCCGGACUACACAGCAUGCACUACUCCAGAGUGAGCCCGUCAGCGGCGGUGGCUGCGACCGCUCAUCAGAACGGGAUUCUGAACAAAACUGCUGCCACGGCAUCUUUGAGCGCCCCUCCCCCCCUCAUCCCCUCCUUGGGCCGACCCGGCUCACCCAGACGGACUACGCCUCUGAGUGCGGACAUAAGGGACAGACCUACCCACAAAGACAUAGAGGCUCGGUGAGACCCCUGUGCCUCAAACCCAGCACUUAGACUGUACCAUAGCUGUGAAUAAGUUAUGUGGGCAGCAUAGGCCCAUGCACUCCAAUGUUUUGUACAAAGAGACAGUCUUCUGAAAACUAAAGGUUUUCAAUGAUGCUUUCCUGGUUUUCCAGCUUUGUGUGCAUUCUUUAAUCUGAUGAAGUUGGUCCACUUGGAUGUACAGUACUUUUAGCACUGACUGCAGUGUGUAUAUAAUGUACAGUUGCUGUUCUCACUCUGUAUGGUACAAAUAUGCAAAAGAAUGUUUUGAAAGCUUUACUUUAAACACAUGUAAAUAGAGGAGUCUGAGGUGCUGAUUCAGAAUGUGCUUUUUGCUAGACAUUUUGAGUUCUAUUGGUUGAUGCAGCUUAUUAAUAUUGAGACACUAAAAUCCCAUAACCAACUAUGCAAAAAGAAAAAAUCUUGGCUCCCUUUCUGAAAGCUGGCCUAUCAGUGAAGCCGCUGUGUUCUCCCCACAACACAGACCAGUACAACAGUGUGGUGAGAGACACUAACAGGUCUGCAAGGUUUGGCAUUGGUUUGGCGAGACAUAAGGUCAAAAAAGUUUUUUCAAAUUGUGGUGACAAUCCUCAAGACACAGUGUAACAUAUUCACAGUAUCCAGUAUCUGGCAGCACAAAUCUCAAAUACACUUUUUUCCUUCUUUCGGUCUUGUUUUGGGGAGACCGCAGCCCUGUAUUCCCCGUCCCAGUGGAAGGAACAAUUUGGUCGGUGAUUUCAAGUGCUUCCCUAUAUUAAUCUAUGUUCAAAAACAAAAGACAAAAAAGGACCGUUGUUUGUAAGGAGCAGAGAUCUAUUUUAGUAGCCCACUGAAGGUUUAGUUGUGCGCUUCAAACUCUGUGAUAUACCAUGUCGUGCAGUGUUUUUUAUCCCACUUACAGACGUCCCCCCGGAGCCAUAGUGAUUAGUUAAUGCGUAUUGCAAAAAGAUUGUUAAAUAAGAACUUUUUGCUGUUUACUAUGUACAGAAAAAACUAAGUCUUUCUAGACCAUGUACAAAAAUGAGAAAAAAUGAAGCGACUGAAUCUUCAGCAUGCUCCUCAUUUAAACUUGUGUUAUGUAAAUU